AUGGGCUGGCUUCCUUCAAUCUUUGGCGGCGACGCCCCGAAUCCCCUCGGCAAGCUGGACCCCAAGCUUCGCGAGUUUCUCGAAAAAGAAUCCCCCGUCAAAUACAUCCCCAACCAGCAAGCGACAUCACCAUCACCAUCAUCAUCAUCAUCACAGCGGCAAGAUGCUCCCCCAGAAGCCGCGGCACCAGACGCGAAGAAGCCAGAGCCGGCGGCGGUCCCAUCAGCGAGCCUCUACCAAGACGGGCGGUAUGCGCAUCUGUGGAAGAACUACCGGCCGCUAGCAGAGGUCGAGGAGGAGAACUCGACGGACCACGACAAGCUCAUGUCCGUGCUGGAGGGGUACAAGGAGCGCAAGGCGGCGAUUGCGAGGGCCGGGCUCGAGAACUGCGCGCCGCAGCAGGAGGAGUGGAUCAACUGCAUGAAGAGCGGCAGCUGGGAGGACCAGCUGCAAAUGUGCCGGCACCAGGUGCGGCGGUUCGAGAGGUGCUACACCAUGCAAUCUAGAUUCUUGAGAGCGCUGGGAUACGGAUCAGUAGCAGGCCGCCCGGCAGAAGUCGACGAAGACAUCCAGCUCCACGCCGACGCGCUCUUUCAGCGCAUGCUCCAGCACGAAGCCGAGGUCGAAAAGGCAAAGGAGAACGGCACCCUCAUCCCGACCUUUGACCCGUCCAUCCCCAAGCCAAGCGUCGCGGCCGCCGCCGCCGUCAAGCCCUCCGAGGAGCUCGAAAAGCAGUGGAAGGAGAAGCUGGACCAGCUGCCCGAGGACGAGCGACCCGCAGAGGAGGCGGCGCUGCGGGCGGAUCUGCAGGCCAAGGCGGACGUGGCGCGCAACGUCAAGAAGAUCUGGGACGCCAAGAGGGAGGAGAGGGAGGUCCGGCGGGCGGAAGGGCAGGCGACGUUUUCGGAUACGAUUGCUGCGUUGUUUAGCAGGGGGAAGUGA